AAAUGAUGAUAACAAAAACCUUUUCUUUGACAAACUUUGUCAUUGGAUCGUCUGCGCUCUGUUUCCAGAUCUUCGUUCUCUACCCAUGGCACGAGAAGCUUGAAGAGGAGUUUGUCCAGCUGAAGAAGGAGCAUGCGACGUUGUUGGAGGAAAUGCAUCAGAAUCACAGGAGUGAGUUGAGGGGCAUACGGGAACAGCUGGAGUUGGCAAAUGAGAGGAGGAAGACUGGUCGGUUCUGGUAAGCGGCUAUC